UUGCUUGCUUUUCAACAGUUCUUAAACAAAAUGAUCGCUUUUUUCCUUGGUGUUCUUGUUGGAGCCGGGAUUGUCUUGUUUAUUAUUUAUGUUCUUGUUGUCGACCCUUGGGGACCUAUUUCUCAGCCACCUACGUUCAUCGAGCAGUUUAAACCUAUUCAGGUCCCAGAUGAGCUUAAGCAGUUUUUGAAAUCAGGAAAAGAUGGCCAGGGCAUUUCCUCAUGGGAAUCUUGCUUCUCUCUGAGUCUUUUCUUACAUAUGUUUUAUCAGGAACACAAAGACACGAGAACGCUCAGAAGAUGGAUGCAUAAACGCUUACAAAUGGAGCUUAACGAUAUAGCCACAAGAUCGGCUGCUGGGCGUUUGUUGCAGGACAUUAGAAUUCGAGAUCUCUCGCUGGGUACUAAGUUCCCUGUCGUUAAAGCUAUACGGGUUGAGAAGGUUGAGAUGUCCGAUGACAAGAACACCUUCCAGAAUGUUACUUUCCUUGUCGAUAUUGAUUACACGGGAGGUUUUGAGACAUCUAUAGAUGUUGCUACCAUGUUCGGUAAAAAAGCUAAUUUAUCUGUUAAAAUUACUAAGCUUGCUGGAACCGUUCGUUUUAUAUUGUCUAGGAAGCCAUACAAUCAUUGGACCAUGUCUUUUGUGACGGCUCCUCAGUUAGAAACCGACAUUAGCUCACAGAUUCAAGGGCAUCAGUUGAAACGCCUGAUUCCACUCAUCAAAGAUGCUAUACGAAGAGCUCUUCAACGAAAACAUGUUUGGCCUAAUUUUAAAAUCAGAUAUAGGCCCGUGUUUCCUAAUCCUUUACUUCAAGCUUCUCCUCCUCUGAGCGCGUUCGCUCAUAUAAAAUUGGAGGGAGGCUUAGAAGUAACUGUUUUACAAUGCUCACGCCUUAAGACCGAUUUGGUUAACAAAAACGAAAACUGGGAAGUAUACUGCACUCUAACAAUGGACCAACGCCCGUUCAUUCAAAAUACAUCGCACAAUGUUGCUCAUGCACUCAGCGUUAUGCUUGUUUUCUCACGGUAUGAUCUAGCUGAGCCGAUAGGAAUAACUUUUGAGAAAUAUUCUUCCUCGAGUCAAGGAGCCAAGCCUGUGAGAGUGGCUAACGUAGACGAAGGCAGUUUAGCAGAUAAAGCCCUAUUCAAACCGGGGGAUAUACUUGUUGCUAUUAACAACGUCCCCAUAAGAGGGGAGAGACAGGCAACAAGGUUUCUGCAACAAACAACGGGGGAUCUUAUGGUUUUGGUUGAGCGGAAUUUGGAUGAUCUAGAUGAUGAUGAUAUUAAAGAAUCCGAAGAAAUUAUUGGUAACAAUACCGGGGAUACUGAUGAAGCUUUUGUAUCAUUGGACUUCGAACGUGGAAGGUCUAGCAGAAAAAUGAGUACGACUACCACUAGCUCGAACCGGAGACAUAGUGUGUCGGUAGGACCGUCGUUGCCAUCAGUCGCUUCUCUUGUGGACACGACGGACUCACAUUCCGUUGGCUCUUCUUUGCUUAGUUUAGGGUUUGAAAAUUCACCAGGGGCACUCAUUAAAACCUUUGUUUAUGGCACACAAGCUAAGCGACAUGCUUUCUAG